AUGGUAGUUGAAGCUCAAAUCAUCAAGCCUAUCGGCAAGGGCAUCGUCCAUAGAAUUUGCUCCGGUCAAGUUAUCCUUGACCUCUCUUCCGCCGUCAAGGAACUUGUCGAAAACAGCUUGGACGCCGGCGCCACCAGCAUCGAGAUCUCCCUCAAAGACUUCGGCGAACAGUGGUUUCAGGUCAUCGACAACGGUUGCGGCAUUGCUCCCAACAAUUUCAAGCUUCUUGCGCUGAAGCAUCACACGUCGAAGUUAGCGGAAUUUCACGAUCUUCAGUCUCUCACCACUUUUGGCUUCCGUGGGGAGGCGCUGAGCUCGCUUUGCGCGUUGGGGAACUUGACCGUUGAAACAAGAACAGUGAGCGAACCAGUUGCUACGCACUUGACUUUCGAUAAUUCAGGUGUUCUCGUGACAGAAAGGAAAACUGCUCGGCAAAUUGGAACCACUGUUAUGGUAAAAAAGUUGUUCUCCAAUUUGCCUGUUCGGAGCAAAGAGUUCAGUCGUAACAUACGUAGGGAAUAUGGCAAAUUGGUUUCUCUGUUGAAUUUAUUUGUUAAUGAGAUGAUUUACAUAUUUCAGGCUUAUGCGCUUAUAGCAAAAGGUGUUCGUUUUGUCUGCACCAACACGACUGGUAAAAAUGUGAGGUCUGUGGUUCUUAAGACGCAAGGAAGUGGUUCACUUAAAGAUAACAUCAUAACAGUGCUUGGCAUGAACACUUUCAACUGCUUAGAGCCUGUAACAUUGUCUAUAUCUGAUUCUUGCAAGGUUGAAGGUUUUCUUUCAAAGUCGGGACAGGGUAACGGUCGCAACUUGGGAGACAAGCAGUAUUUUUUUGUGAAUGGUAGACCGGUGGAUAUUCCUAAAGUUAGCAAACUUGUGAAUGAAUUGUAUAAGGGUGCAAACUCCAAACAGUAUCCUAUUGCUAUUUUGAAUUUUACGGUUCCGACAAGAGCGUAUGAUGUCAAUGUGACUCCUGACAAGAGGAAAAUAUUUUUUUCGGAAGAAAGUGCCAUAUUGCAAGCCCUGAGAGAGGGCUUGCUACAAAUUUAUUCUGCUAGUAAUGUCUGUUAUUCUGUUAAUGAAGUUAUGCUGCCUGCUGAAAAAGAAGAGUGUGUUGAGUUAUGUUCCUCCCGUGGGAAGUCUCCUAUUGUAAUGAAACUAUCAUCCCCAAAUGGUAGCAUUUCUCUAGACAAAAUGAAUACAGAGUGCGACAAUGAUACUAGGGAUGAACUUGAGGAGAAACAUAUUACUGAUUUAAAAAAUGUUUCUGAAUCUAUUAAUGAGUAUCAGUACUCACUUGUUGAAGAAGGGUUAAUUUGUGAUAAUAAUGAGAAUUUAAUGAACCAAGAGUUCACACUAAGAGCACAUAGCUCUUCAAAGGAUGAAAAUAGUGGAAGACAGUCAGCACGUCCAGGUAGAAUUAUACCUGAUCAAGCUACCCUUGUCACAAGGACAAUUGAGAGUGGCAACACUUCUAGUAAAUAUUCAUUUGACCGUUCAAGACAUAUUCAGUCCACUCUUAACAACUUUGUUUCCAUAAAUAAAAGAAAUCGUGAUAGUGUCAUUAGAGCUUUAUCUGAAGUGCCUGUUCUUAGAAAUGAAGCUCUUCAUUGUCAAUUGAAGACUGCAAAUACCGAAUCAAAUGACCUGAUUACAAGAUCAUCACUUUGUUUUGACCAAAUUGAUGAACCUGCUAGGGCAAGUGAGAUUGAAUCUUUCAAGCAGCCUAAUCCUGUUAACGUUUACCACAAAACUGAAAAAUUAGUUUCUUUUAAUGGUGACUCAUCUGGCAGAGAACCUGAAUCCAAUAUGGAAAUCGAGCUAAAGAAUAAUACACCUCUAGCCGAUAUUCAAUCAAUUACUCCUGGCAUUGAUAUGAUCACUACAGAUGUUUUUGCCUCAAACCCUCCAUUACACUCGUCACCUGUACAGUUAGAUUCUUCAAAGUCUUCUGGUCAGCUUUCACAAUCACAAGUUGGAGAUCAGAAAGAAAGGACCUUGGAAGCAGCAGCUAUUGAACUUGAAAGAAUUUUUAAGAAGGAAGACUUCAGUAGAAUGAAGGUUAUUGGGCAGUUCAAUCUUGGGUUUAUCAUUUGUAAAUUGGAUCAAGAUUUAUUCAUUGUGGAUCAGGUAAUUACCAAUAUGCUUUUUGGAAUUAGUGAUGUUAAGGAGCUCAUCUCUACCCUGUCAGAUGGUGAUGGUCACAUGGAAUGUUCCAUUGUUGGUAGCUUUAAACUGGACUCCUCAGAUUCUAUUUGCCCAUCAAGAGUUCGCGCAAUGUUGGCAUCACGUGCAUGUCGAUCAUCAAUUAUGGUUGGUGAUGCACUUGGAAGAAAUGAAAUGCAGAAGAUACUUGACCAUAUGGCUGAGCUCAAAUCCCCAUGGAAUUGUCCUCAUGGCAGACCAACCAUGCGCCAUUUAGUCGACUUGGCAAAAAUUCAUAAGAGCAUGCUUGAUUUGCCGUACUUAUCGGACAUUCAUCCUGCUUUACUUCGCAAAUGGUCUCUGCAAAAUGCUCUGUAG